UUUCCGUUAUCCAUUUCGUGCCCCCCUCUCGCUCGCUCUCUCCCUCCCUCCAUCGCUAUCUGUCUCUAAAUCUAUUUCUCGCUUCGUUUCAAAAAUUAGGGUUUUUGAUAAAUCGUCUUUGCAAGGAGCCAAAUCGACCGAAAUGAUUUCCGAUUCAGUCACCAACGCCGUGAUUCCGAUGGCCGCCUCGAACUCCAAGGAUCUUGCCAAGAAGAAGCGGGUGAACAGGUCUGCCAAAUUGAAGCAGUGCAAGCUCGAUGCUCGUCGUGAGCAGUGGCUUUCCCAGGUGAAGAGCAAGGGAUGUCAAGGGCAAUGCGCGGCGGCAAUUGAUGCACGGAAUGAGAGCGAGUCGUCAAUGGAGAAUUUAGGGGUAAAGCCGAGAGGGGAAAGUAAUAAGGGAUCCGGUCACCGUUACAGUGACUCAGAUUCGCCUUCCAAUAGUCCGACUAGCUGCAUGGUGGGUAGCACCGGGUCGGGAUCGAAUUUCAGGGGGAGUAGUGGCGGUAGUAGUAGCAGUAGCAGUGGUUGGAGUUGCUCCGGCAGCAUAACUGGAGAAGAUGAAGAGAGGGAUGAUGGGUGUUUGGAUGACUGGGAGGCGGUUGCCGAUGCUUUGGCAGCCGAUGAUGAUAAGGAAGAGGAAGAAAAAUCGCCUCCGGGGCGUGAAAUUAUGACCCCAGUGACUCAUGGGCCGGGUUCAGGAAUUGGUAUACCAAAGACAGAUGAUGUGGUGAAAGUGCAGAGGGCUCCGCCAACUUGCAGGGCGUGGAAGCCUGAUGAUGCUUUUCGUCCACAGAGUCUGCCAAAUUUGUCAAAGCAGCUUAGUUUCCCUAUGAAUUCAGGCCGACGUUAUGGCGGUGCUUGGGGUUGUAAUAGUGCUAUCUCUGCGCCAUCUGCGUGUCCCAUAUGCUGUGAAGAUUUUGAUUUCACGGACUCAAAUUUUCUCCCUUGUUCAUGUGGGUUCAGGGUCUGCCUUUUCUGCCACAAGAGAAUUCUUGAGGAGGAUGGACGAUGUCCGGGCUGCAGGAAGCAGUAUGACCAUGGCAUGGCUGAGGGAGAGGCAACUUUGGAUGGAGGCAACAUGGCUUUCCGGUUGGCUCGUUCUUUUAGCAUGAUCACAAGGUCUUAGAAAGAGUUUCUUUUUCCCCAUAUAUAUAUUGGGUCUGUCUUUUUCAUAUGUCUUCACUAUUUUCUCUCUAUUAGACUGAUUUUCAUGGUAGUAGAUGUGGGUAUAGGGAUGUGGUUUUGAAACACUCCUGAAAUUAGACUGAUUGUCCUAUGAGUUCGUUCAACAAAUAUGUGGCUUAUGAGCUGAUGUAGACUGAUCUUGUUGCUAUGUGAAUAUAUAAGGUGGUAUAGUAAUCGAA